CAUCCCAACAUCAUGAAAAAGGGAAACAACAACAACCAGCAACAACAACCCCGCAAAGAAGGCCAAGGAAACACUAACAAUAGAAAGAAGAAGCACCCUCCUCCAACCAGGGCCGAAAAGACAUCGAAAACUCUAGCAUGGGCGCUCCGUCAUCAAGGCCCCGAAAUUGGUUUGCCAAUGACUCCGGAUGGCUUUGUCCCGGUGUCGGAAAUUUUGAACUGCCGACACGAAAAGCUCCGUCAUCAAGAGUUUACAUUCGAGGAUAUACAGGAAAUUGUGAGAUCCUGCGCCAAACAGAGAUUUCACAUGGAAUGGAAGCCGAUUUCCAAUUAUCCCGACGUGGACACAACCACCUUCCAGGAGGAGACUAUCAACCAAGACGACAACACUAUACUCUGCAUUCGAGCCUCUCAAGGUCACUCACUGCCGUUUAUUGAUCCGGAAUUGCUGCUGACACUUGUCCCGCCCGAGGAAUUGGCACACAUACCAGUGAUUGUGCAUGGCACUUACAAACUGGCGUGGGAGACUGCCAUUUGCACAAAAGGUUUGAACAAAAUGACACGGAAUAAUAUCCAUUUUGCUCCCGGAUUGCCCCGCAACCAAGGCGUCAUUUCCGGAAUGCGUGCCACCUGUGGCAUUUAUAUCUACGUGAAUGCUGCCAAAUGCGCCAACCAUCCGGGUAUUGUCUUUUAUAAAAGUGCCAAUGGUGUCCUUUUGACGGCAGGGAUCGACGGAACACUGCCUGUGGAAUACUUUUCUCAUGUAACAGACGCCAAAGGAAAUAUACUAUUGGAUCAGAGAGAAAAAGUGUCAUGACGACACGAAUGUAUAGUCUAUUGCUGAGUGAUGAUUCGGAGUCCAUAUAAUCGUUACUUAAAAACGCAGAUUGCCAUUGGAUUGUUGUGUUGAUGACCAAUCUUUCUCC